AUGCGGGAUACAAAAGACCCAGAACUGACACCCAUUCUUGGAGAUGUGUCAAGUGGAACCAACAAAGUCCCUACGUUAACGAUGCCACAUGUAGCCACCUUAAGCCGACGAGCCAGAAUUUUAUUAGUACUUUGUAUCUUGUUUACAGAACUGUGUGAGCGAUUGACAUUUUAUGGUAUCGUGGCUAACCUUGUAUUAUAUUGUCGGGACUACUUAAAACUUGAGGCUCCAUUACCAAGCAGCAUCAGCCUUGCGUUCCAAGGUAACUGGUUUUCUUUUCUAUGCCAAAGAGCAAACCUCCACAACUUUCAACUCAGACACAUUUCCUAAUCCAAGACCUGAUAAACUGAGAAGGGGUUGGAACGCUAAGUACCAUGUAGUAACCACCAUACUGUGCACCCACAUGUACCACUCAGUGAACAACCACACUGUAAAGCACUGCACAAUACAAUAAUUAAUGGACCCGGGCUAGGCCCUUCACCUACCAAACAGUGCACCUACCACACAGUGCACCUACAUUUACCAUUCGUAUACAGUGACACCUGCCACAUGGUGCACCUACUACUAUACACAAUGUACAGGGGGUCUAAGGAAAAAUGCCUUUUGUAGGGGAAGUAUGGAUAAUAUUUAUGAGCUUCUGAGCUACAAUAUCAAGAAAACGAGGGUCAUAAAAAUUAAUAAUAUUAUAAACAGAAUCAGUGCAGUUUUUGAAUUACACUGUAUUUUUGUUAUUAUUCUCAUCAUUGUCACUCAAGGUAUUCAAAGAAGGUAACAAAACACUUUGUGGUACCCAGUCCCCUUGGUAUACCAUGUGGUAGUUUUGGUGCACGGUGUGGUAGUUCAUCCCAUGGUACCAGAAUGUUCCAAAUCUAAUUGGAUAAACUUGUCCCCUGCUAUUAAAGUAUUGGAGACACUUCACCAGAUCAAGAGAAAACUGGAAUACUCUGUGGAGAAAAACCUCUAGAAUGGCUUAGGACCUUUCCUAGCAGGGUGCAAAGAAAGUCAGGUUUACAGCCUGCCCUUUGGACAAGCUGUAGUUACAUGUAGCAUUUACUAGCCCAAGCGUCAUUAUUGUUUAACUAGCCUGAGAAAAUCUUUCAUCAGUAGGAGUAAUAAUUGAUUUAUUAUCAUUCAUUUGUAUGUGUAAUCAAAUGGUGACGAGUGAAAUUAGGGAAUAAUUUCACGCGCAUUUUGUCCAAAUCCUUAUAAUAAAAUUAUUAGGAUUUGGACAAAAUGCAAGUGAAAUUAUUCCCUAAUUUCACGAGUAUACCAUUUGAUUACCUAUUAAUAUCAUAGGUGACGAAUUACGUUAGCAAUCGAGGAUUGUUGACUUGUUUAUCCUGGAUCGUAUCGAUCGAUCGUGAACUCCACUCUCUCAAACGUUUAGAGCUAAAAUUUGGCUUAAGUUUUCAGAAUUUUUCCACAACGUACCUCUAAGAAUCCUUCUUGAUGUGCUCUUUCGUGUGUUCAGGUUUUCUAAAACGUCUUUUUAUGCCCCGACAUCUUCAUUCACGACAUUUUAAAACUUCCACGCCAUCUUGAAACAGAGACAUACGCUGAAAUUUCACGCCAAAAUUAAGGAGUAAUUCGUCACCUAUGAUAUUAGUUUAUUAAUUACACCAUUAGUUAGUUGAUAAAAUCCCUUGUUUUAUCAAUUCAUUGUAAUAAUAAGUGUUAUAAUGUAAUUUAGCUAAAUUAAGUUGUGGCACUCUGCACUAGUUUAUUUUUUAUUAACCAGUUUGCAAAUUUUUCUCAUAUUCAAGGGACAUCAUUUUUCUCACCUGUGAUUGGUGGAUGGGUAGCAGAUACCUUCUUGGGGCAUUACAACACCAUAUAUGGAAGCUCCCUGUUAUAUCUUGUAGGCACUAUAGUUCUGGCAGCUGUAACAUUUGACUAUGGCACUGAUUAUGGUUUAAACACUGGCAGUAAAGAAGCAUUCCUGUUAAUUUCACUGCUUCUCAUUUCAAUUGGAACCGGAGGAAUCAAAGCCAAUGUCUCACCUCUAGGAGCAGAUCAACUAGAAGGCGAAGGCACAGUUAUUGUUCAGCGUUUUUUUGACUGGUUUUACUGGUUUAUCCAGUUGGGCUCAUUCCUGGCAUACACUGCAGUUGUAUCAAUUCAACAGCAAGUGUCUUUCUUUUAUGGUUAUGUGAUUACUGCCUCAUCAAUAUUCUUAGCCAUCAUGUUAUUUAUUAGUGGACGGAAAUACUAUAUUAUCCACCCUCAUAAGGGCAGCUACAUGACUGAUACAUACAAAAUAAUUUGGCAAGGUUUAAAGAGGAUUCAGUGUAGAAAUGGUGAGUCAUCAAACGUUCAUUGGCUUGAUAAAGCUAAAGAAAGUACUGGAGGAUUGUGGUCAGAGCAGCGAGUGGAAGACAUUAAGUCCCUACUGAGAAUUGUCCCAAUAUUCCUUACAUUUAUUUUAUAUUGGACAAUCUAUGGACAGGUAAGUUGGUCACUGUUAAUAACAUUUUGAAGUACUUUAUAUUACUAUUGAAUCUUUUAUGGAUAUUAAAUUCAUUAAAUUUGUAGUAAAAUUAUAUUUGUCUCAUACCACUCACUGCAGGCUAAUAUUGCUUUAUCUGAUAUGGAGCACUUUAUUAGUAUUUUAUUUUAAUUUAGUAGGCUAUAGAUUGCAAGAGGUACAUGUAAAAAAAAUACAAAUUAGAGAUUCUGUAAGUCCAUUGGUAAUUGUAAUAACCAGACUUGAGAGAAAGAAAAAUAUUAACCACCCAGUUUAAAUAGAGCUUAGAACGUAUAAGAUGGAAAACUCUGAGCCUUCAGUUCAACCCUAGCCUUGUCAUUGACUAAUUAGUAGAGCCUUUAUCAAAUCUGUUGAUAUAACCAAAGUGUUUUCAGUUAUGAAUGUUUUUGUAUUUUGUUAUUCAGGGACAAACCAGCUACCUUCUCCAAGGCUCAUUCAUGAAGCUGAAGCUAUCAAAACAUUUCACCAUGCCAGCAGCAUCAUUAUACCUGUUUGAAAUCACAAUGCUACUUAUCCUCAUACCAGUUGUCGACCGCAUCAUUUAUCCAGCACUGCGGCAUUUUGGUGUUGACUUUACACCCUUGAGGAAAAUGGGGAUUGGGAUGCUGUUUGCUAUGGGGUCUGUGUUUAUGGCAGGAAUCAUGGAAAUUGAAAGAAAAAAGUACAUUGAGACUCAUGGAUAUUUUAAGCAGGAUCCAUUUGACACUCCAGUUAAUGCUUCACAAAUGAAUAUCUUUUAUCAAGUUCCACAGUAUAUACUUAUGGGAACAGGAGAGGUUUUGACUGCAAUUCCAGGUUAGUGAUUAUUAAGGACUAAAAAAAUUAGGCUUCAAAUUCAAUGAUUUUCUUUUCAUGAAAGGACAUUCUGUCCAAGCAGGCAUCUAUUUUUAAUAUCCAAACAGGCCAUAGAUGCAUGUUCGUGAAGAUUUCUAUUAUUUGUCAGUGAUUUUGGAUGCUGCUUAUUUUGUUCAAACUAUAAUUUUAUGAUUUUGCAAGUAUUUUUUGGCUGAAGAGUUAUACGGUGAAUUUUACAAGACAUACUACAAAUUUUUGUUGAAGCUUAUGGUUUAGUUGCCCACAAAUAAUAAAACAGAAGCCUUAAAGUAUUGGAUUUUGAUUUUUUGAAAUUAGUACUUCAGUGUAAAUCUCCUUUGAAAUGGUAACCUUUCAAUAGCACAUGUAUGGCAGGUAUGGUAUUGAUCUGUCCUCUCUACUGACCCUCUCUGAAAUGUUAUUCUCAGUGACUGGGCUUACAUGUUAGGAGGACUUGAUUUUUGUCAGACUUUGCCUAACUUUUUUUUUUCUAUUACCAGGAUUGGCCUUUGCUUACUCCCAAUCCCCCCUUUAUCUUCGGGGUGUGGUCAUGGGCCUGAACCUGGCAACCAUUGGCAUUGGUUUUUAUGUGGCAGGAGCCCUGGCUGCUAUAGCAAAGAAAGCUUCAGGAGAUACCUGGUAUCCUCAGGAUCUCAAUGAUGGCAAACUAGAAAAUUAUUUCUUCUUUCUUGCUGCUGUCAUGUUCUUAAAUUUCUUGGUGUUUGUGUUCAUAGCCAGGAAAUACAAAUAUGUGGAACUGUCACAGACAAGAAAGUCUCUUACAGUGCAGAAGGAAAUCCAACAGUCACAAAUGAACAGUUCAAUAGACAGCAUAGAGGAUAAUUAUUCAUGAUAAUUUAGAAUCGGCAGAUAUAUUUAAAUUACCGGGGAGGGGCCCCGAUGAGACCAGAAGUUAAUUAUAGGUCGUUAGAAAAAUUAAUUUAUUAUUGAAAAUAAGCCAAUAUCUUAGUUGUCAAAUUGCAUAAUUGUAUUUACAAUAGCCUGUUCCAGGCAUUCAGAUAGUAGAGCAAAGGCGAAAAAUUGACGAGAGGUCUCAGCCCGUUUUUCCCCUCGUUUUUCCCACGUAUGAUUUAACUCGCCCUCUCCCCCAUCUUAACGCUGUGCUCUACUAUCUGAAUGCCUGGAACAUGCUAAAUUUACAAUAAAAAGCUGUUGUCUAAAAAUGCAUUAUGUUAUAAAAAAUUACUGUAUGCUAUAAUAACAACUUGAAUCUUUUUGUUCAGAAAAUAGGGACUGUAGAGUGAAUCUUUUUCUUGAUUAUGUGACAAUGAUGGUUGACACUCUUUUCGUGUUGUCUUCUUAAGGGAAGAACACAACUAAUUUAAAAAGAAAAUUCUAAUUUGUACACACCUUCAACAAACUAAUUUGGUUAGUUGAGUUUCAACACACAUUUUUACUUAUAACCUCUACAUUUGAUUGCCAUGCAAUCUCAUGCAAUUGAAGAACAACUUUGAUUAUUUAAAUUUGCUUUCCAAUAAGUAGUGGUAGUGAAUUGAGUGUCUUACAGUCUAUUUUUUUGGUAUUUGUUCAAAAACUUUUUACCUCAGGGUCUAGAAUAUAUAACAUGAUCAGUUUCCACCUCUCCAGCCAGGUUGAAGAAUUUGUUUUAAACAACCCUGCGUAGACUCGGUGGCGAUGCAGUGUUCAAGAACUGAUAGAAAUAGAUAAAAUAAAUAAAUGUUAUAAUUUAUAUAAUUUAGAAAUAAGUUCCACUAAUGGAGAUAAGCUUUUUUUUAUAGUAAAUUCAGUCAGGAUGUAUUUUUCAACAUAGAAUAUUUUGUAAGUGGGUGAUAUUGUUGGGAAAAAGGUAGUUUUUAUAUCAAGAAACUGGAAAAGAUUCUCGAAAAGGGAAUUCUUUCAUAGGGCAAUGUGAGUGGCUUUAUGUCUUUUGAAGCAUCAGCGCCGUUAUACCCACUCGCUCGCUUUGUCAGUUUAGUACAGGAUGAAUGAGAGAACAAAAGAGAACUCUCCUAGAGUUGAAUUUGUGAGAACUUAAUCAGCUAUGUUCAGAAAGAGGAAGAAAAAUUCGUCGUAAUUUAUGUUCUCCAUAAAAUGUGAAUUUAGGCAAUUUCAUGCAGUGGUUGUGCAGUGACGUCAAAGAAAUGUACUAAAAAGUAUACUGCACCUGUAGAGUUCCCGUUGCCGUUGUCGUUGUGACAUCUUAAACUCCCCAUUAGACCCUGUCCACACGUAUCGAGUGAAAACAAAGGUUUUUUUGUCUGUAUUUAGCUUAGCGUCCACAUGUAAAUGGCGUUUUUGGGCACCAAAACCGCAGUUCCACAGAUUGGAGUUUUUAUGAAGACGAUGGCUUGUCUCUUUUGUGUCGACGGACUACAACGGAGGUUUUUUUCACUGUGAUUAGAAUUAUAGCUAAUAUAGUAGAAAUGAAUUUUUAUUAUAAGACAUCUUUUAAC